UGCAGUGACAACCCUCAGAAGGACAACCGGGCUUCUAGGAAACUCAACACACCUGGUCUAAAAGCUCUGCUGGUGCAGGGCAGCAAGAUCAGUACAUCCAAGAAGAGCCCUGCUGCCCCAGCCAGCCCUCCACCUCGCCCUCCUCCUCCUCUUCUGGAUGACCUUACCUGGAAUCUGGGUCUCCGUCUGCACCAAGUCCUCCGUUCUGAGUCGGGCUCAGUAAACACCCUGUUCUCCCCUCUACUUGUGGCCUCCUCACUUGGAGCUCUUGGUGGGGGUUCUGCAGGCACCACUGCCAGCCAGGUUCAAGACCUCCUCAAGACCUCGUCCUCCUCCAAGGCUGGAUCUCAGGUCAGGGAGCAUCUGGCCAAGGCGUUGAAAAGCUUUACUGAAGCUAACGGGACCAGCUUUCACCUGCACACAUCCUCAGCUUUGUUUUCAAAGCAAGCUCCUCCAGUGAGCCAGGCCUUUGUGAAGGACAGCCAGGCCAACUUCAGGCUGCAGCACAAGCCACUGGAGAAAGGAGACUCUAAGGCCGACCUGAAACAGCUCCAUGGCUGGGCUAAAGCUGGCCUUGGUGGAUGGGAAGGAGCUCCUCUGGGAACAGAAAUCCAGACUAAGGCUGGAGCACUGAUACUGGCCAGUGCUCUGCGAUUAAAAGGUCUGUGGGGGAGAGAGUUUAGUGAGGAGUUCACAGAUUGCCGUACCUUCCUGGGGAAGACGUACACUAAAGUGGUGAUGAUGCACAGAGCAGGUUUGUACCGUCACCACGAAGAUAUGGAAAACAUGGUGCAGGUUCUGGAGGCACCUUUGUGGGGAGACAAGGCCAGCCUGGUGCUCCUGCUGCCCUUCCACGUGGGGAAUCUGGCUCGGCUGGACAAGCUGCUGACCCUGGAGCUGCUGUCUAAGUGGUUGGAGAGCACCAGGGUUACCAGUGUGGCUAUCUCGCUGCCCAUGGCGAACAUAAGCAGCACACUCAGUUUGCAGAAACAGUUGUCUGCUCUGGGCCUGACCGAUGCAUGGGACCAGAAGGUGGCCGAUUUCUCCGGUGUGUCAGACAAGAGCAAAGGGAAGCUUCAUCUGGGUGGUGUCCUCCACUGGGCUUCCCUGGAGCUGGCUGCUCAAGCUGGGAAAGGAGAUGCAGAUCUAGAGGAGGAGAACAUAGAAAAGCCCAAGCUGUUUUACGCAGAUCACCCCUUCCUUAUCUUUGUUAGAGACAACGUGACUGGAGCGCUGCUGCUGAUGGGAGCUCUGGACCACGCAGAGGGAGAGGCCCUUCAUGAUGAACUGUAGCACCCUCCCAACUUCUGUCCCUUUUUCCUGACUUUUUGUUGUAUGUCUCUUACAGUCUCCCUCUCAUAAGAAGACACGCUGGUUUCUAAGUUGAGACAUUGUCAUUCACUGUGGCACACUGUCACAUCAGACUACGCCUGGCUGUCAUACAUUGACAUUGCAUAGUCUCACGCUGACUGACAGGGACACUGCCAUAGUCGACACUUACACAGUCUCACACACACACACACGGCGACACCUACAUGGCAUACAUAAAUGGAAAUACUGUACAUGACAAUACUAAAGUUGACGGUUAAAGCAAAAA